AUGAACGCGCGGCUCCGGCUCCGUGUCCGUCCUGCCCCGAGCGGGGUCAGCUCCGCUCCUCCAUCCCCUGAGCCCCGGAGCGGGGUCAGCUCCGCUCCUCCAUCCCCUCCGUGUCCGUCCUGCCCCGAGCGGGGUCAGCUCCGCUCCUCCAUCCCCUCCGUGUCCGUCCUGCCCCAGAGCUGCGGCCGUUACCGAGCGCGGGGCGGCGAGAGCGGCUCCAUUGGCGAGCGGAGCUCCCUGGAGCGGUUUCAUCGCCGAGCAGAGGAGCUCCCUCGGGGCGGUUUCAUUGCGGAGAGAAGGGGCACGGAGCGGCUCCAUCGCCCGGCAGAGCUCCCCGGAGCGGCUCCAUCGCCCAGCGGAGCUCCCCGGAGCAGCUCCAUUGCCCCUGAGGGGCCCGGCCCGGUGAGCGCCGCCCUCCCGGGACACCGCGGGGUCGGGGCCGCUUUUCUCCUAUUCCAGCUCGGUGCUGUCGCUGGGACCCGCAGGGUUCGGGGUGACAGGGCAGCUGUGCUGCAGCAUUUUAAGGAACGUGGUGGUACCCUGGAGCACAGAGCAGCUCUGCUGAGUGCACCGGAUGAACCCGACAGCCGCAUUUCAGAGAAGUACGAUCCCCUCGUGGAGGAGGUGGAACAACUGAAGCUGGGAGUGAGGGAGCUAAAGGAGCCAUUGGCUCUUCAGGAGGAGUCCCUGCUGCUCUUCCUGGAGAAGAUGAACGAGCUGACUGUGGCUCCACCUGAACCUGUGGAGAUCCAUCCUGGCUUGGAGAAGGUGCUGCAGGACACGUGGUCUGCAACUGCAAUGGGGCAGGUGGCACAGGAUCCACACCCCAGAGCACACCUGGCUGACAUUCAAACAGCAGCAUCUGCACUCUGGGCUGCUCCUGCUGAACCACAGCAACUGAUCCUCCUGACCCUGAUUUCCCUUGUGUUGUUGUGGCAUGAGGAACUCUCAUCUGGCACCAUCCCGGCUCCUCUGGCACAUCUGGAAUUCCUGCUGUGCAUUUAUCAGCAUUCCUGCACCCACCUGCAGGCCAGAGUGCAGGAGCUGUGCCACUCCUCUGGCCCGCCCCUGGAGCUGUGCAGGAAAACCCUUCCUGACUACCUGGAUUAG